AUGGCUACUCGCCAAAGAACAACAGCGCCUCAGACAACAACAACAACAACUAAUUCUAUUUCUGGGUUUUUAAAAACGGAAAAUAUAUUUCUAUUUGUUCCAAACAUCAUAGGCUAUGUUCGGGUGUUUCUUUCAAUCGCAUCCUUCUAUUUUAUGCCAACACAUCCUAAAGUAACAUUAGUAUGUUAUUUAACAAGUCAAUUUCUUGAUGCUCUGGAUGGACAUGCAGCUCGUGCUUUAGGCCAAAGUACGCAAUUUGGUGCUAUGUUUGAUAUGUUAACUGAUCGUUGUUCGACAAUGUGUUUAUGUUUUGUAUUGGCUAUGUUUUAUCCAAAAUGGGCAUUAUUUUUCCAAUUAUGGGCUGCCAUUGAUGUUGCGAGCCAUUGGCUUCAUUUACAUGUGGCAACAAUGCAAGGCAAAACUCAUAAAAAGAUCGAUCUUUCAGGAAAUCCUGUUCUUCGUAUUUAUUAUACAUCAAGGAAGGUUCUUUUCUUCAUGUGCGCUGGCAAUGAACUUUGGUUUUCAAUGCUAUACAUGUUACAUUUUACCGAAGGUCCAUCAUUAAUUGUUGUUGAUAACUAUGUUGUUGGUUUAUUUCGUACAAUAUUAUAUUUGACGACACCUGUUAUGAUUGGUAAACAGAUCAUCAGUUUUAUACAUUUAUAUACAGCAGCAUUAAAUAUGGCCGCAAUCGACGAAGAUGAACGAGCAAAAGCGAAGUUAAAGUAG